AUGACGGAACAGCCACGCCCUAAGGUCGAGCUACCCAAGCCGCCCUUUCACCUCAUCCCGGGCCUCCCUAACUUCCGCGAUGCCGGUGGUUAUCCCAUCGACGCCCAACCCGGCCGCAUCCUCAAGCCGGGCAUCCUCUUUCGCUCCGCGGAGCCCUCCCGCCUCACCGACGUCGGCGUCGCCCGCCUUCAGAACCUGGGCAUCACCCACGUCUACGACCUCCGCUCCACCAUCGAGCUCGAGCGCCUCGCCCAAGCCGGCACGAGCUGCGACGUCCGCGAGUGGCCCGGCGCCACCCGCAUCUUCGUCCCCGUCUUCCGGGACCAGGACUACGGCCCCGAGGCCAUUGCUCUGCGGUACAGCAACUACUCCAGUAACGGGGCUGAGGGCUUCACCAAGGCCUACACCGAUAUCCUCCGCGCCGCCUCGGAGGCGGAUCAUCCCAACGACCCCUUCCACACCAUCCUCUCUCACCUGGCCUCUCCCGAACCCCCGACGCCGCUGCUCAUCCACUGCACCGCCGGCAAGGACAGGACCGGUAUCAUCUGUGCUCUCAUCCUUAGCCUGUGCGGCGUCUCGGACGAGAUCGUGGCCCAUGAGUACAGCCUGACGGACAUUGGUCUCCAAGAUCGGAGGGAAGAGAUUAUCAAACAUCUCCUAGCCACCGAGGCGAUGAAGGGAAAUCCGGAGGGCGCCAGGCGCAUGGUUGGUUCACGGAAAGAAAACAUGCUUGCGACCCUGGACAAGCUCCGCGAGGAGUACGGGUCAGUUGAGGCUUACGUGCAGAAUAGAUGUCGUCUGUCCUCAGAAGACAUCAGCCGUAUCCGGUCAAACCUAGUAGUCGAUGUUGACAAUGGACGUCAAGUAGUUGACUGGGUCUCAAACACAAAAUAUUUGCUCUAA